AUGUCUAAUAACGACGCUACAAACAACUUGAAGAAGUAUUUAGAGAGCCAACAACGUAAAUACGGUACAGAUUUUAAAGACAGCAAAGAUAAAUAUUCAGCACCAAGCAUAAAAGGUAGUACAGCGUACGGCGGUUACGAGAAAGGCAAAAAGUACGGUGCAUCAAUUGCUCACUAUGAACUGCAUGCUCAUCAACCCUAUGCAUCGUCGACUUUGAACAACAAUGAUGAAGUUCGUAUCACCAUCCAGAAUCAAAAUUUGUGCAUACUUCCUAGCAAAAGUGCACUCCAUAUUCUCGGAAAGUUUACUAAGAAUGAUAAUACUGCUGUCGUUGCUACCACCAACUUGGUUAAUAUGGGGAUUGUCCACAUGAUUAAAGAAUUCCGUUUACUUAUGAAUGGUGUUGAAGUUGAUCGAAGCAGUAACGUCGGUAUAACAAGCCUGAUGAAAGGUUAUGUAUCAUUUAGUCCAAAUCAGUUGAGUACUUUAGAGAAUGCUGGCUGGCUAGAGAUAGUUCUUACAAUUUCAAACAGUGACAUUAAUGCUUACAUACAACAAGCAGCGGCAGGAGCGGGUGCUGAGGAAGUAAAAUUGACUUUACAAAAAAUUGAGUGGAUUGUGCCGUAUGUAACGCUUUCAGACAAGGAGAAAAUUCAAGCAUUAAAUUAUAUUACCAGUGAUCCAGCUAUCUCAAUUAGUUUUCGAACCUGGGAAUUGUAUGAGUAUCCGCUGUUACCAGCAACCUCAAGACACAUUUGGGCUGUCAAAACAUCAACACAACUGGAGAAGCCACGUUACGUCAUCCUCGGAUUUCAGACAGCAAGAAAAAACGACGCAAGGAAGAACGCAAGUCGAUUUGAUCACUGUGCGCUUCGGAACGUAAAGUUAUUCCUGAACUCACAGAGUUAUCCGUACGGGGAUCUUAAUUUGGACAUAAACGACAAUCAGUAUGCUUUAUUGUAUAAUAUGUACACUGAUUUUCAAUCUUCAUACUACAAUAAAGAGCCUGAGCCACUGUUGACAAAGCGGAAAUUUCUGCAAGAAGCUCCACUCUGUGUUAUAGACUGCUCUAAACAGAAUGAGGCUAUUAAAUCUGGACCAGUAGACAUUCGAUUGGAGUUUGAAUCCACAAAUCAAUUUCCACAAAACACAACGGCUUAUUGUUUAAUCAUUCACGAUCGUAUAGUUGAGUAUAAUCCCAUCAGCAGCACUGUACGGAAAUUGACUUGA